GAUAAUAAUGGAUUCAUGGCUUCCAUUGCUGGAUAUCUUCAUGAAUUCCCUUUCUCCUGAAACAGAAGCAUCGUUGUGGCUCCAAUCUUCCUUCCAUCCUUCAUCCAAUUCCAAUCCCUCGAUUUCCGUUUCCACUUCCACCGCCUCUUUCCUCUCUCUCCUCAUGCAACCCACCGAAGCCGUCGUCAUCGAUUCUUCUUCUUCAUCCUCAUCUUCAAUCCAUAACAAACGAAGGUUUAUGUGGCUGCAGACGUUACCCGAUGUAGUUCAGGCUCGAAUUUUGUCAUUUCUUACUUACGAGCAUGCAAAGUUUAAUAAGCAGGAGUUAUCUAAACUUGCAAAGCAUAUGUUGUUUGAUGCUACAGAGGUUAAUUUUUGGGCCAGGAGAGCUGCACACCAGCUGUUUGAUGUUGUGUCUGACUCAAACUAUAAAUGGGUUUCUUGUUUAAAUUUGGAUUCUGAAGAAGAAAAGUUUGAGGGGAGCUUUGGAGAGGCUCCUAGGUGGCUUAAAGACGUUGCUAGUGCCAAUGAUUCCGUUCUUCCUUGGCUUCCCAUUUCAGUCGAUGAAUUGAAUACGAGAAUGCCGCAUAGCCCAUGUGAAAAUGAUGAAGAUAUGAUGGUUGAAGUUGAAGAGAUCGAAGAUGGAAAUUGCGAGCGUGUUGGCACCCGACUCGAAUUGGGUCAUCAUGAAAUUGAUCCCAUAGACCAUGAAACAGAAGAAUUGGCCGCUUGUUUGCAAAUGAGAAUAAAGAACUUGGAAUCUAGUCUAAAAGCAUUAGAAUUGGUGGAUGAUAUCCGACAACUCUGUUUUAAAAGGAAAGGAGAUUCUUUAACGGUUUUGGGCAUGAUUGAACCGUGGAAUGCAGUUGAUGAAGUUGUUCCAAUCUUGUUAUCCCGUUUAUUAGAUGGAAACGAAGACGACUUUGGAUGGACAAGUAAUAUCCUAUGCUCAAUUGUGCUUCCAAAAUUCUUAAUACUUGAAACACCCGCUACUCGUGUGCUGGUAACCGCAACUAUAGAUUACUGCAAGGUGCAUCACAAGGCUGCGGUUUACGCACUUAUAUUUCCAUUGAUUCUUCGAAAAGAAGGCAUCAAUAACCACAUUAGUGACGUGAUCACAAGGAUUGUUAAAGAAUGCUUGCACCCUGCUCAAGUUUCCGCCUUCUGUCAAAAACUAUUAUGUGAAGAAGAAGAUGAAAACAAAUAUAUAUGCCUUCCUUGCCAUCGGUCUCUAGUUUGUGGAGAAUUGGUAUGGACUGAACCGUUGUUUAACCUGUUCCAGAAUAUCUUCAAUCAUAAUGUUCACUUGACUCAAGAUUCAGUUGAUCGACUUGUUUCCCACACUCUAGAAUCUGCUAGACGGUUCUCAAAGUCUUUGAAGUUUGCAAACUUCUUGCUGUGUUUUGUCGGUAAGUGUGGUCCAUUGUUAAAGGUUCAUAAACUGGCACUAUCUGAAGCUGUUGGUAGCACAAACAGUUUCUUGACGAAAUCAAUAUUAUCAAAACUGGCUAGUAUUUGAUGCUUAUUGAAUUACAUUUUUGGAAUGCUGAGGACAAAUAGUAAGUUCUGGAAGUUAUUGCAAAUGUUUGGUGAAACUUAUUGAGGUGGAAACAUGUUGAACGGGAAAAUGACACAAAUAGCCAUUUUGGCGGACCAAAUUUACCUCUUAGCCAUUUCUUUCUCUCCUUUCCAACAAAAUCAUCACCUUCGCAAGUAACCAUUCCUCAACUUGUGGAGGGAUAAAAGAAAGAAAUUUCUGAACAUGGUCCGCAAGUAACACAUCUGCAACAGGGACCAAAUCUGUAAAUUUGUCUAAAUACAGGGACCAAAUCUGCAAAUUAGUCUAAAUACUUCCAGGACAUUUGAAUGUGCUACUUGCGAACCCGUUCAGAAACUUGUUUUUAUUUUUUGCCCCUCCGCAUGUUGAGGAAGUGUUACUUGCAGAGGUGAUGAUUUUGUUGAAAAAGUCGGAGAGGAAUGGCUAAGAGGUAAAUUUCUUGGCCAAAAUGGCUACCUUUGUUAAUUUCCCUAACCGAAAAAGCUCAUCAGGCAAAUAAAGGCUAGCCCGUUCGAGUCUUCUCAGGGCCACCGAAAUUUUUUCUGGCUGUCUUCUUCAGGGUCCUAUGGGAUUAGGCGAGGUGCUCGCAAGUUGGCCCGGACACUCACGAUUACCAAAAAAGGAACAAAGAAAGGAAAUGUUGCAUCUUGAGAAAGGAGUUGGCUAUGACCCCCUAUGAGGUUCAGCAAUAUAACGUUGGAAGAUUUCAUUGCCCAUUGACCAUCUUCUUCAUAGAUUCAAAUCGAGGACCUUUGUCUGCAAAUUUGGU